UAUCUACCUGUCUACGUCAUCUACUGAGAGCGCACCUGUUUCGGGGUGUGGCCUGAAUUAAGAGAGUUUGCCUCCGGAAGGACAGUCUGGUCACCGAAGCGCUCGGGAUUUACAGAGAUGAUCGACUGAGUUUAGCCUAGAAUAUAGGUCACUGGUGCAGAUUAGUCUAAUUUCUGCUUUAGGUUUUACUCUAAGGUUUUUAUUUUAUUUAGUUCGUCAUUUGUUUAUUAUUUCACCUCUAAUAAACCUGGAGCUGGAGACACUUGGUCUUCAUCAUCAUCAUGGGGAGACUUCUUGUCGCAGUCUUCAUCGUGUCGCUUUUGAGAGAGUCUGUUUGCGUUCAGGUGGUUGUUUCUAAGACUGAGUACAGCACAACUCUUUUUGCCUCAGUGACACUCCGCUGUGACUACUCCACGUCUGCAAACAUCCAGGAUAUCCUCGUCACAUGGAGGUUCAAGUCCUUCUGCCAAGACCCUGUGCUGAAUUACUACUCCACAGCGUACCAGUCUGCCCUGCAGCUGGGACAGGACCCUUCAAAUGACUGUCCAGAUCGUCAAAGGACUAUACGCACUGUGGUCCAGAAGAAAGGAGGAAAUGAGGCCAUACUGGGUGGAGAAUACGUGAACCGCAAAAUAACGAUUCAAAACAAGGCAGACCUGGUGAUCAGCGAGGUGAUGUGGUGGGACAACGGUGUUUACCUUUGCUCUGUUGAUGCUGCUGGAGACACCUCCGGGAACCCCGUUCAAGAGGUCAAGCUUAUUGUUUACAAUUGGUUGACCGUCUUGCUCAUCAUCAUCGGCGCCUUCCUCCUGAUAUUGCUGUUUGGCAUUUGCUGCUGCCAGUGCUGCCCUCAGAAGUGCUGCUGCUACGUCCGCUGUCCCUGCUGCCCCCAGAAAUGCUGCUGUCCUGAAAAAGCAAUGAUGGAGCAUCGUAUGAUGAAGGAGGCCAAACAAGCAUGGCAGAAUGGACAAGUAUAUAUGCCACUAAGCCAUGUUUCGUCUCAGAUGAACCCAGCGCUCUAUGGAGGAUCAGUUACAGGGAACAGCAACCCUAUGAAGCCAAUGCCCCUCCCAGCCCCCUAUUCACCUUACAGCUUUCCUCCCCCGAGUGUCCAAGGCAACCACCCACCUGGAAAUCAUAUGAUCGAUUACUUGGAGAACCAAGUCCGAGGGCUGGAUUUGACAAGUCCUCUAAUGCAGUCCCAACCAGCUCCACCCCCCCACAUGCAGCAGAUGCCACCCCCUCCCCAACAAAUGCCCAUCAACAUUCCAUAUUCUCCCGGCCCUCCCAGCAUGAUCUCUGCCCUUGAUGAACCUCCAAGGGAGCGUCGCAUCAUCACACUUCCACCAAUAAGAGAGCAGCCGCAAGGAAGAGGCCCACCUCCAGCACCCAAAACCCGCCCUCCCAGCUCCAGCGAAAGCAAUCGCAGUGGUUAUAGUCGACGUGAUGAGAGGGGAGGAGCUGACAGACGUUACCCCUCACCAAGCAGAUCAAGAGGACUGCCCCGGAGCUACAGCGAAGAGUCACUGGAUGGGAGGAGCCGAGGUAGAUCACGAGGAGGCAUGAACCCUCCUCGCUCGCGCUCCAGGGAUGACUUGUUUGACAGCAGGUCUAGAGAUAACUACUCUCCUCCAGCAUCCCGGCGCUCCCGAGGAUCCUUUAGCUCAGACGAAGAGACCAGCAGCAGAGGAAGACGGGGAGGUGGAGGCUGGACUGAGUAUGAGCCUGGACAAAAACCAGGACCAAGGAGGAAUGAUCCAUACUCUGACAAGAGCUCUCGCGGUGGCACAAGCAUCGUCAUCUGAGCCUUCCAGCUGUGGAACGCCCUGUGACCUUUGUUUUGGAGAACAUGCACAACUUAGAAACCCUUGUUAGCCGUCAACUGGAGAUUUUACCCAUUUUUAUCUUUUAAAAGGAGUCAUGUAAAUACUUUUUUAGCCCUUUUUAAAGGAUAAAAAUAAAAUGAUUUAAACUUUAUUAAAAUGAGAGACUGACAAUUCAAGGAUAUACUUUUUUUAGUAUCUGACAAGUUACAGGAAUACACUCCGUCUCCUGAUUCGUCUGAAAGUAUUUUGCACUUCUAGGAUGGCCUUGGUGUUACUAUUAUCUCUGUGUGGUUAAAGGCAUGGCGUUUAUUAUCAAAUACAAGUCAUUUUAAUGUAACAAGGUUUUAAAAUGCAAAAGGCUAAGAAGAGCUCAGGUUUUUCUUUUAUUUUUAUUUAACUAAACUGUUACAUCAGAGCAAAUAAAGAUGCAGUGAUUGGAAAAACUUUAUGUACUUUUCAGGAAUGAGUUGUAAAUAACAUUAUCCAGUAAGAACUGUGGGAUUUUUGUUUGUUUUUCUUGCAUCAAUUUAAUGAAGGACAAAGUGAAACAUUCAACUGGUGUUUAUUUACUGUUGCAUGUUUUAAAUUAAUGUGAAAAUUCUCAAAUAAGGUAUCAUUGUUUGGUUUCUACCAAUGUACAGAAAACAAAGUCGUCAUUUUGCUUUAAAAUUAUGCCUAAAACAAAUUUGAAAUGCAAAACUCACAGUUUUCUAUAACGUUCUUCAUUGAUGCUUUUUCCAAAACUAAUUAUAUAUUUUUUUUUUUUGCUUUGCUUAAAGGCUGUACAGAGAGUCUGGAAUUAUUAUUUUCAUUAAACUUUACAUUUUAAGGUA